CUGCAAGAUGGAGAGUGAACAUACUCGGUGGCCAGCUGGGGCCAGGGUCGAAGUCCAGCCGCCGGAGGUCUUGAGUCAGGACGGUCCCUGGGGACAGUGCUAUCAGGAGGGACAUCGGAGACUGGAGGAGCCGGAGUGCCGAGCCCCAGAGGGUGCACCCGCCCCUAGUAGCUCUCCGCAGCCGCCAAGCUGGAGCUGGACGUGAAGACCGGGAGCGCCGGGCCCGCGGCUGCGGCACAGAGGCUCCACCAGGCGGAGACCCGGGCGGAGAGCGAGCAGGCCACGGUGGCUUCCCGGCGGAGUGGCCGGGCCAGGAGCGUGCUGCGCUGGUUCUCCACCGCGGUCCUGUUUGCCGCCUUCCUGGGGCUGGGAAUUAGUGUUGCUAUCCUGGGACCCACAUUUCAAGACCUGGCAGAGAAUGUCAGCAGAAACAUCAGCAGCCUGUCUCUGAUUUUCGUGGGCCGUGCCACUGGGUUCUUGUGUGGCACCAUGAUUGGCGGGGUUCUCUUUGACCACAUAAAUCAAUUCUUUCUUAUGGGAGCCUCAAUGGUGGCAACUGCAGCGGGACUUUAUCUCAUCCCGUUCUGCAAGACAGCAGUCUUAUUGAUCAUCACCAUGUCUGUCUUUGGAGCUUCCGUUGGUGUUGUGGAUACAGGUGCAAAUGUCCUCAUCUUGGAUCUCUGGGGGGACAAAGGAGCCCCACAAAUGCAGGCCUUGCACUUCAGUUUCGCCUUGGGUGCCUUUCUGGCUCCCCUGCUGGCUAAAUUGGCCUGGGGUACAACAGCACCUGCUCAGAACCACACCGAGUCCGACCUUGACCCUCUGAUGCUGAACCGAUCCUCCAAAGGCGCCUCAGACUCCGUGUUUGCGGUACCCGAUGACAUGAAUCUGCUGUGGGCAUAUGCUUCCAACGGCACCUAUAUUUUAGUAGUUUCUGUCUUUCUGUUUGGUCUGUUUUGUAAGAAACAUUCAAGGCAGAAAAAAACCAGAGCAUCUACUGAGGGAGCUCGAAGGGCUAAAUAUCACAGGGCCCUGCUAUGCCUCCUCUUCCUCUUCUUCUUCUUCUAUGUGGGAGCUGAGAUAACAUACGGCUCCUACGUAUUCUCCUUCGCUACCACCCAUGUUGGCAUGGAAGAGAGCGAGGCAGCUGGCUUGAACUCAGUCUUCUGGGGAGCCUUUGCAGCCUGCAGGGGCCUGGCCAUCUUCUUUGCGACAUUCUUACAGCCUGGAACCAUGAUCGUGCUGAGCAACAUUGGCAGCCUGGUCUCAUGUUUCUUUCUGGUGCUUUUUGACAAGAGCCCUCUUUGUCUCUGGAUCGCGACUUCUGUGUAUGGAGCCUCAAUGGCAGCCACGUUUCCCAGCGGCAUCUCCUGGAUUGAGCAGUACACCACCUUAACUGGGAAAUCUGCAGCAUUCUUUGUAAUUGGCGCUGCCCUGGGAGAUAUGGCCAUUCCUGCGGUGAUCGGAAUUCUUCAGGGACACUACCCAGAUCUGCCAGUAAUUCUGUACACAUGUCUGGGCUCAGCCAUAUUCACAGCUGUUUUAUUUCCUGUGAUGUAUAAAUUAGCUACCUUGCCCCUGAAGAGAGAGGACCAGAAAGCUUUGCCCACUAGUUCUAGACUGUGAGGAAGAGACUACAUGAGAACCUAAAAAAAAAAAAAAAAAAAAAAGGAA